AUGAAUGGAGAUUCCGUCUCUUCGGCCACUCCGCUGGUCUCUGGUGUUUCCAAGCCGUUCAGUGAUAUCUACACCGUUCCAUUGGUGAGUUCUGUGGCGCUUGUGUGUCUCACGUCCAUCCAGUACGGGUUCCACAUGUCUGAGCUGAAUGCCCCCGAGGAACUGAUCAAAGGGGCAUUAGAUCUGGAUAGUUCGCAAAUCGGUCUUGUUACGUCCAUCUUCUCUAUUGGUGGACUAGUCUCGUCUACUUUUGCCGGCCAAUUGAGUUCGCGGAUCGGGUUGCGGUUCAGUUUCGUCAUUACAGCAUUGCAUUACACCCUGGGCUCCUACGUGGAGUACUCAGCUCAAACGUACUUGUGGAUGCUAUUAGGUCGGUUUGUGAGUGGAUUAGGUGCCGGUUUUGCGCUUGUUUUAGUGCCAUUGUACAUCAACGAGGUGUCCCCUGUGUCGCUAAGAGGCGUGCUUGGGUCCAUGAACCAGGUCAGCAUCAACGUGGGGAUCCUUCUUGCACAGCUGCUGGCAAUCAAUUGGUCCACAGAAACACAUUGGCGGUCGAUUCUCGGCUCGGGCGCGUUCAUCGCAUUCGUUUCGCUGCUGUCGUCUGUGUUUCUAUUGGAAGAAUCGCCGAAAUGGCUGAUUCUCACCGCCGGCGACGAGUCCAAAGGUCUCCAGAUCCUCAACCGGCUGCGAAACCACAACACCAUUCAGUGCACACAGGAAGUCCAGAUCUGGAAGGAGGAGAAACGCAAACACGCCUCAUUGAUCGAGUCCAACCCGUCAUUGCAGAACCUCUCGUUCUACACUUACCUGAGCAAUAGAAACUACUCCAACUCGCGUAUAGUGGCCACCUUCGCGAUGGUUGGCCAGCAGUUUGCCGGAAUCAAUUCGAUCGUGUUCUACGGAGUGAAAAUCCUCACAGGACUGUUCCCUGCACACGCUAUCCUGGUCAACUGUCUCAUCAGCACCGGAAACAUGGUCAUUACGUUCAUCGCGUCGCUGUUCCUCGACAGACUCGGCCGCAAACCAAUGCUGUUGGGCUCCGUCGCGGUGAUGGGCCUUGCUUCCAUCGCGCUCAGUGUUGGAAUCAUCUUCCAGAACUCUGCCCUAACGUUGCUCAGUGUUCUCACCUACGUUGGCUCGUUCGCCAUAGGAUGCGGGCCGAUCCCGUUUCUGCUGAUCAGCGAGGUGUCGCAGCUGGAAAUCAAGGAUCUCGCACAGAGCUGGGCAACAGACUGCAACUGGGUCAGCUGUUUCCUGGUCGGGUUCCUGUUCCCUGUGCUGAACAGCUGGAUCGGGGGCUACACGUUCCUCCUGUUUGCCGCGGUGUGUGCAGCCUUCUACGUGUUCAUCGCGACGUUUGUGCCGGAGACCAAGGGCAAGAGCACGUACGCCGAGGUCUGGGAGACGCGUGGUGAUUAG